GGGGCACCAGACGGACGUACACGGAAGUGCGAGACUAUUACGGUGAUAUAAGUGAUUAUUCUACAGUGAUUUAAAGGACAUAUGUGGAGACGAAUCGAUUUUUCGAACAAAAUAUUGAACGACUAGGAAAUCUGUCGUUAUUUAUUCUUAUUUUUCGAGAUGGUAUAAGGCCAGUCCAGGUGUAAUUUUUGGCGCCAUUUUACUCGCUCUUCAAAAAAGAUAUCAGAUAAAAAGAUGCGGUCUCACAGAAUUCCGGACAAGUUUCUUGUGACGGCAUUCCUUCUCCUCCUAACUUCUCUGGGAUUUGCUGAAGGAUACCAAGUCCUUGUGCUCGGUCCUGUGGGCAGUCGGAGCCUCUACCACCUAUGUCGGGCGCUCUCGGAGGCACUGAGCCAAGCGGGGCAUUCCGUUACACUUAUAUCUUCGUUUAAACCGUCUUACAGUAUCCCAAACGUGACGGAGGUCAGCACCGGCUCAGAGGCCGUGCAGCAGGUCAACAUGUUCGAGGGCGGCCGGACGCCCCUGCGCGUGUACCGCUGGGCCGUGCGGGUGAGCGAGGACAUCGGGCGGGCCAUGUGGACCAACGCCGAGAUCAAGGCGCUCUGGCGGAGGAGGAAGGAAUUCGACGCCAUUGUGGUCAUCGGCUAUGCAAAUGAGAUCGCCUACCCCUUCCUGCUCGACUUCGAGGGCCUCCACGUCAACCUCUGCACGCCGGGAGUCGAGUACCUGCAGAUGGCGCAGCUGGGGAACCGCCUGCCGCUGUCCGUCGUGCCCGCCAUCUUCCUGCCGUUCGACGAGAACAUGAGCUUCAUCGAAAGGCUGUUGAAUCCUCUGGCGCAGCUCCUCACUCACUACAUGUACGCUCUGACGGUGCUUCCGGCGGCUCAGCGGGUCGUCGAGGAGUUUUUCCCCGGGAUACCGCCCUUGGAGGAGCUCUACCAGGGCAGCCAGUUGACCCUCAUCAAUGGCCACUUCGCGCUCGACACUCCAGUGCCACUUUUGCCCAACCAGGUCGAGAUUGGCACCAUCAACGCCAGGGAACCCAAGCCGUUGCCUGAGGACCUUGCGAAAUUCGUGGAAGAAUCAGGAGAUGCUGGUAUCAUUUACUUCAGCCUCGGAAGUAUUGGUCGAAGCUCUGAUAUGCCCAAGAUGUACAAGGACAUACUUCUGGAGGCUUUUCGCUCACUGCCGCAGCGGAUUCUGUGGAAGUACGAGGGACAGGACCUGGAGUUGCCGCCCAAUGUCAUGACGAGGCGCUGGCUCCCUCAGCAGGACAUCUUGGGCCACCCCAAGACCCGGCUCUUCAUCUCGCACUGCGGCAACCUGGGCACUCAGGAGGCCAAGUACCACGGUGUGCCCGUCUUAGCGGUUCCACUUACCUUUGACCAGCAUCGCAACGCCGCCCGCCUCGCCAAGAAGGGCUGUGGCACUGUGCUCAACUGGGAGAAUUUAAGCCUUACGAACAUUGUCGAUAAGGUUGAGGUGCUCCUUAAAGAUGACAGCUACAGGAACUGCAUGCGGGCGAUCUCGGCGGCCCUGCACGACCAGAGGGAGAGCCCCGGCGAGCGAGCAGUCAGGUGGAUGGAGUACUUGAUCCGACACAGGAACACCACCCUCUUGAAAUACCCGGGCAAGAGGCUGCACUAUCUUCAGUACGUCAUGCUGGACGUGUGGGCGGUGUGGACGGCUAUGUUCGUGCUGUGGGCGUGGCUGGCGUGGACCUGCGUCAGGCUGGGAUGCCGGAGGUGCAGGAAGGAGAAGAGUGAGUGA